AUCCUACCCGUUAUUAGCACACCUGCUCUCUCAACAUCCUUUAGCCUGCCAUUGCAUAUCAUUAGCUCAAUACUCUCUACCCCUUCCCCAUCACACUGAAAAUGGCCUCCACCGCCACUCUCUCCAGCGCCAUGGUCAGCACCUCCUUUGUCCGCCGCCAGCCGGUGACAAGCCUACGCUCCCUUCCUACCUUUAGGCAGGCUCUUUUUGGCCUAAAAGCCCAGAGAGGGGGCCGACUUACCAUGGCUGCAUACAAAGUAACUCUCCUCACUCCUGAAGGACCUUUAGAAUUUGAGUGCCCAGACGACGUAUACAUUCUUGACCAAGCCGAGGAAGAGGGUAUUGAUAUUCCAUACUCAUGCAGGGCUGGUUCUUGCUCUUCAUGCACUGGAAAGGUUACAAAAGGUUCUGUGGAUCAGUCUGACGGUAGCUUCCUCGAUGAUGAGCAGAUGGAUUCUGGUUUUGUUCUCACUUGUGUCGCUUACCCCACGAGUGAUGUUGUCAUCGAGACACACAAGGAGGACGAUCUCUAAAUUUAAAGUGGUUUACCAAUUACUAUCCUUCGCCUUCUUCCUAAUUUAUUGUCUGUUACUUUUAGGUUGGUUGGCUUAGUGUAAUGGUCAAAGGGUUGUCACUGUCAUGUCCCUGAACGAGUUACAACAUGUUGUAAGGUUUUUGUUCAUUUGUGGUAACGUAUGAAAUUGUUGUAGCCUUAAUUAUCUUAAAUGUUUUGCUGAGGAUCUUUUUGUUCU